AUAUUUUGCUAUUGUUUAUUUUGAUUAUUAUGCUGAGUGAGAGUCUGUCUGUACCUCCAUUUUUCCUUACGAGUCUUGUUCUAACGCUCAGUAUCAGUGGAGUUCGGUGGAAGCGAUGCCUUCCCGACUCAACCUCACCCUCCGAGCCAUCCUGGGCAUCCUCCAGGACAACAGAACUACGUACCACGCUGUAGACGACGUGGCAGUGUUCGCGGGGGAGUGUCCGACCGUCCUCACCACGUGCACGUUCGAGGGCGGGGACACGUGCGGCUGGUCCAACACCAACAUAAACGACGACUUGGACUGGCUGGUGUUCGCUGGUCCUUCGCCUAGCUCUCCUGACGCAGGCCCGCCCUUCGACUACACACUCGGGGACAGCGACCCCCUCGGAGGACACUACCUUGUGGCCGACUCCGACGAGGCCGAGGGACAACGCAUGGCCGCCCUCCGCUCGCACCUCCUCCCUGGCCUCGGCGCCUACUGCCUCUCCUUCUACUACUUCAUGAAGGGCUCGCACGUCGGCCGCUUGGAAGUCAGGACGUGGAACAUCGUCGGCGGCGUGUCCGGGAGCGAAAGGAUCGUGUGGUCUCUCUUCGGCUCCAGAGGUGAAACGUGGCAGUACGGGUCCGUUGGCAUAACAUCCGAGGAGGACUUCUGGGUCGAUUUCCAAGGGAAUGUGCUUAUGGCCGGCGGAGGCGACAUCGGCCUGGAUGACAUCACCGUCACCAAGGAAGCGUGCGGAGUGCAGCCUCCUGAAGCUGCGGUGUAUCCCUCUGAGGCGCCAGAGACAGAACCCCCGGUCAUAACGGAGUGGAGUUGCGACUUCGAGGACGAUGGCGACUGGCUGUGCGGCAUGAAAGAGGUCGCAGAAGGGUGGCAGGUCAAGGCAGGCUGGGACGCGGCCGAAGGGACCAACCCGCCGCUCGACCACACGACGUCUUCUGGUGAUGGCCACAUGCUGUACCUACCUGGCUCUAAAACCACACAUGCCAAGCUAGAGACGCCUUCCCUUGGAUUUCCCGGCGACAGCGAAGCCUCCUGCCUCUCGCUGUGGUACCGUAUUCCCACUGCCGACGCUGGGACACUGAAGGCAUUCAUGAAGGACUUCAAUAAAGAAGACGACAUCCCAGUUCUACUGUUGGACGGGCGAUGGGGGUCGAAGGAUUGGCUCUAUGCCCAGACCUGGCUCAACCCAACGACCUCAGGACAGUUCGAGGUUCGCUUGCGCGGAGAACCCGGAGGAGCCGAGAACGCCGGAAUAGCUGUCGAUGACGUCAGGAUAACAGCGGGGGCGUGUCCAUGGUUGCGACAGUGUGACUUCCAGGACUCCACUUGCCUGUGGGAAGUGGAGGCCCAGGAUGACAGCUUCCGAUGGACAGUCUCGACGGGGCAGGACAGUCAUGGGCCUAAAAAUGAUCAUACCUUCAACGAGAACUCAGGAGGUUAUCUAACGGUCUACACCAACGGGACGACGCCGGGAGUUUCCAGCACACUCAAGAGCGUCACUCUGCCCCCCUCAACCACCUGCCUCAAAUUCUGGUGGGCCAUCAGUGGACCUGGUGUUGGGACGCUACAGAUCCUGCUAAAAGGCGUAUCAUGGGAUUCCUGGAAGGUCGUUUGGAGUCAGGAUAACCCAACCGACGACGACGCUGAAGCCCAGGGAGAGUGGCACCCUGGCAGUGUCCCUUACAACCACACUGACUCGGGCAUUGUCCUGGCGUUCCAUGUGAUCAACCACAAAGAGAACUCUGGUUGGAUAGCUCUGGAUGAUGUGGCUGGUCACGAGGGCACGUGUGAGGUGAUUCCUCCCGAGGCUGAGAUACAGAAUCCCGUCGACCCGACCACCGCCACUCAAGGUCCGACGCUGGAGCCCGUCGAUACUUGGAGUUGUACCUUCAAGGAUGACCUCUGUGACCUCGUCCCCUUGGAAGGCUACGCGGGCAAGUGGGAACGUGGAAACACACUGGAUAAAGUCCCUGAUGCUGAAGAUAACUGGUACAUGACCCUGUCUCCGGAUACACACGCCCGCGAACGCGCAGCCAUCGUCCUCGAAGCAGAGAAGGGCAUCAACGUGGAAGGAAUCAUCGCCCUCGACGAGCUGAUCCUCCACGGGGCCUCCUGCAGCGUCAUCGGGCCCACGGACGCCCCGGACACGAGGAUGAUGUGUGACUUCGAGGAGGAUCUGUGUGGGUUCAAGUUGGAGGACGAGCAUGGCAAGUGGAUAUGGACGUAUCCGCACAACCCUGACAACGAUUUCCCUCACCCGACCAAGGAUCAUACUUAUUACACAGGAUACGGGCACUACCUCGCCGCGCCCUUGGAAGACGACCGCGAGGGCGUGGUGGGGCGCGUGGUGAGUCCCGAAUACAGCCUGGAGAGACACGAAGGGCAGUGCCUCGUCUUCUGGUACGUCCACAACGGGAACACAAACAGGGACGUCCUUGAAGUCUAUGUCAAGCACGGACUGGACCUCUUCCCUCAGGCUGCGUGGAAAGAGAAUGCGAACCACAAGUACACAUGGAUGCAGGCCAACAUCGCCAUCCCUUCCGGCCGAAACCAGUUUAGCGUGACCUGGAGAGCCGUGCAAAAGAAGAGGGACAACCAGGGCGUCUUUGCGCUCGACGACGUGGAGAUCCUGGAGAAGGAGUGUCCAAACAUAGGUACCUGCACCUUCCAGUGGGGGACGUGUGGAUGGCAGAACCUUUACCAGACAGAGAACAAGACAGACGAAACGGACUGGAUUCAGGGCUCGGGGGAGGACGGUCUGAACGGGAUGACGCCUCCGAGUGACCACAACGGAGAUACUGAAAGGAGAUUCCUCUAUGUGGAUAGCGCGAACGGCAUAACGGGAACAGCUGUGUUAGAGAGUCAGCUGUUGACGCCCGAACAACACAGCGAUUUCUGCUUCUCCUUCUGGUUCUUCAUCGAUGGAGUGCCAGCCGACGAGAUCAGCAUCAGCUCCGUGGUGUCCGACGGCACCGAGAAAGUCCUCUGGCUCUAUGAUGGUGCCAGUCAGGGAUGGACGAAGGGCCAAGUGAGGGUCAACGCUGCCCUAUUCAUCUUCGACGAACUUCCUUACCAGGUGUACAUCCGGGGGCGCAGAACCACGACAGCGUCCGUUCUCGCCCUGGACGAUUUCUCCUUCAAGAGGGAGCUCGAGUGCCACACUCUCCCCCCUCCCUCACCCUCCACAACCCCGCCCACGAAUGCGCUCUGGGCUUGCACCUUCGCCCAAGAGGACUACUGUGGGAUGACGUUCUCUGGGGCUGGCGUGUGGGACUUCCACAAGGACGAGUCGGCUCUGGAUCACGGCGCAGAUUCCUCUACCUUGGUGCUAGAGGCGGACCCGGGGAAGGGGAGUCGCGGUGCCCUGCCGACGCUAGCGGCAGUGGAAGGCCCUCGGUGCUUCACCUUCUGGUACCAGAUCAACGGCGCUGAUGCUGGAGAACUGUCGGUUGUUGUUACACUAAGCGAAGGCAAAGAGGAGGGUCUGUGGACGCGUGGCUGGCCUCAGGUGGCGUGGGCACUCGCCUCCGUGGACAUUCCAGUCGAUGGCUCCUCGAAGGUGGAAAUCGUCGGUCUGAUGGGCGACAACUCCGAAGCAACUAUAGCGAUUGACGACCUUAUGAUCCUAGAACACUCUUGCGAUACGGGGCCGACAGAUGGACCUGCAGCUGGUAACUGUGACUUCGAAGAGAGCUCCCUCUGCGGCUACACUUCGGAUGCGGGUCUUGGCGACUGGAAGUGGAUAUCUCCCAACACAGACUCCAGUGACGGGGUUCCUCAUCCGCCCGUGGAUCAUACUUACAACACAGGCUAUGGUCACUACAUGGAAGCGUCGCUGGUGCCAUCGGAAACAGAAGGACUCGUAGGACGCUUGAAAGCCCCGGAGUUCACGCAGCCUGAGGACCUCCAACAAUGCGCUUCUUUCUGGUACAUCCACAACGGCGGCUCCAACCUCGACAAGCUCUUGGUCUACGCCAACCGAUCCGGAGACGUUGGCAUGCCUUUGUGGAAGGAGACAGCGGGGUACAUCAACACGUGGCUCUCAGCGUCGGUGCCAGUGCCAUCGGGAGCCUUGCCGGUGCAGAUGAUAUGGGAAGCUUGGCAGGACAAACGCGAAGAGCAUUCCUCCAUUGCUGUUGAUGACGUCAUCAUCAAAAAUGAAGCUUGUGGAGCCAUUGGCUCGUGCGACUUCGAGAAGAGCACCUGCGGUUGGCAGAACGUCGUGGACGAGGGCGUGGGAUCAGGCAAACCGGAGUGGGUUCGAGGCGCGGGCGUGGAGGGGAACUCGGAUGCGCCGUUGGUGGACCACGAUGGCAGUGCGCUCGGAAUGUUUCUCUACGUCGGGUCUACCACGUUUGGCACUGGUCUGGCACUGCUGGAGAGUCAGAUGUUGAUUCCGGAACAGCACAAUAAUCUCUGCUUCCACUUCUGGUGGUUCCUUGAGGGCUUCGACGUGGAAGACUCGAUCUGGAUCCGCCUGUGGAAGGACGACGGCCACAACUCCGAGAUCUGGAGGCAGAGGGCGGACUCCUUCGGCGGCGAGUGGCAGGAGGGUCAGGUCCACAUCAAGGCAGACGGCGUCUUCGAGCCAGGGGCGUACCAGAUACGCAUCGGCGGCAUGCGAGCCACCGAGCUGUCGACUAUCGCCAUCGACGACUUCGACAUGACCCAGUUCUCGGGCUCCUGCGACGCCUUACCCCCCGAUCACGUGACUCCGGCUCCUACCGACACCCCGAGCUUGUGGGAAUGCGACUUCGAAAACGACCACCUCUGCAGCAUGUUUGGGACGGGCGAGGCGGUUUGGGUGGUGCUGACGUCAGAUACUAUAGACCACGGUGACGGAGAGCAUUGCAUCUCGCUGCUCGGGACCAAAGGGGAGGAGGGGCGAAGGAGGUUCCCCAAGCUGACCCCCCAGGACGGCCCUCGGUGCCUCACCUUCUGGCACUUCCUCAACGGGGCCGAGAGUGGCGAGCUCUCCAUUAUCGUCACCACCAACGACGUCGAGGAAAAGAUCUGGGUGAGGUCCCUGCCUGAUCCCGGAUGGACGUUCGCCUCAGUCAACGUACCCAUCGACGACUCCUCUCAGAUUGAUUUAGCAGGCAUCAAAGCCGGUAAUUCGAUGGCGUCUAUGCUAGUGGACGACAUGGCUAUCCUUCAGAAAUCGUGUGAGGCAGAUGCUGUCAGAGAAUGCGGCUUCGAAGAGAGCGACAUCUGUGGCUACACCAGUGAACCAGGACUCGGGAAUUGGACGCGGGUGUCGCCCCACGACGGCGACAACAGCCUUGCUCCUCACACGCCCGUCGAUCAUACCUACAACACUGAAUAUGGCCACUACAUGGAGGCGGCGCUGGUCCCAUCCCACAAGGACGAUCUGGUCGGACGUCUGAAGAGCCCCGAGAUCUCGCAGCCGGUGGACGUCCAGCAGUGCGCCACCUUCUGGUACGUCCACAACGGCGCGACGUUUUUGGACAAGCUCAUUGUCUACGGCGUUCUCAACGGGGACUACGGCAGGCCGCUGUGGAAGGAAAAGGCAAGCUACAUCGACACGUGGUUGUCAGCGUCGGUGCCAGUGCCAACAGGGCCGCCGACCGUGCAGAUGGUGUGGGAGGCCUGGCAGGGCAAGAGGAACGACCACUCCACCAUGGCCAUUGAUGACGUCUCGAUCACCAUGCAGCCCUGCGACGCCAUCGGAACGUGCGACUUCGAGACGAGCACAUGCGGCUGGCAGAACGUGGUGUCGGGGGACAACCGCACGGACGAGUCGGACUGGGUGCGCGGGUCGGGCCGGACGGGCAUCGAUCUCGACAACCCCGACGCGGAUCACAAUGGAGAUGUCAAUGCCACGUACCUUUACGUAGACACAGCAUUCGAUGGCACCGGAAUGGCACUGUUGGAGAGCCAGAUGCUCCAGCCUGAACAACACAACAACCUUUGCUUCCACUUCUGGUUCUUCAUCCAGGGCGAGGAAGAGGACAACAUAUGGAUUGAACUGCAGAAGGAGGACGACAAUAAACAUGAGGUCUGGAAUGCAGACGGCCAGAGCGACAAGGUUGGAAAAUGGAAGGAAGGACAAAUACACAUCAAGGCAGAUAAUCUAUUCACCCCUGCGCCAUAUCAGAUCUUCAUCGUCGGUUUCCGCAAGUCCAAAUACGCCAAAAUAGCUGUCGACGACUUCGUCAUGACCAAAUUCGACGGAAACUGUUCAGUGUUGCCAACUCAUAACGAGGAUAUUUCUUGUGACUUCUCGGAAGAUCAGUGUGGCUGGACAAACGAUCCGGAAAACCAGAUUGAUUGGAAAUACAAUGCCGCGGCCCACGAGAUGUGGCUCGACCCGGCGGACGUGGGAGACAACUACAGGGUCGGCCGCUUCAGGAGUCCCGUCGUGGAGGUGGACGAAGGAGAUGCCCUUUGCUUCACCAUGACCUGGAAGAAGGAGGACCAGGUCGACGCCUCGCUCUCCGUCAAGCUUUAUAGCGAGAGCUUCAUCGAGGAGGAGACCCUGAUGACGGUCCAUGACGGCUUUUCGGGCGAGUACAGGAACACAAGCGUCGAGGUCACGAAGGCGGGGAAACACCACAUCGUCAUCACGGGUCUGGUGAGUCCGCGCUGGGAGGGCGUCAUGAGCUUCAGUGACGUCUCCGUGACCGACUCGCCUUGUUCGGAAGUCGUGGUUUCAGGAGGACUCUCUUGCGACUUCGAAAACCCUCAACAAUGCGGCUUCCACACCUCCCUUCCCGGAGACACAGCGAAAUGGACUUGGGGUUCCGGUACCCCUUCUCUGGACCACACCCUCGAUGCUAUGGAUGGUCACAGCAUGUUCGUCUCCGUGAAUGAAGUAGGCAGUAACAAAAUAACACAUUUAGUUACUCCGUCUAUCGUGCCCACCGAUGAGUACGUGUGCAUUACCUUCUGGAUAUACAUACAAGGCGCCCAGUCCUCUAGGCUUACGAUGUACAUAGAGCAAGGGGGACUCAACAGCCUCCCGCUCUGGACGAAAGAAAAGUCCUUCGGCACGGAAUGGCGCGGCGCCAGAGCCAGCAGCUGGGUCGAUGUUUCUCAGAACUUUACGGUGGUCUUCGAAUUACUCACGGACACGGAGAUCAUCUUCGAGAACGUGGCAGUGGACGACGUGGUGAUCACCCCAGGGAGUUGCCCGGAACCCGUGACUUGCAACUUCGACCACGACCUCUGCCUGUGGACGCAAGGACACUUGGACAUGAUUAACUGGAGGCUUGUUGACAGUCAGGGUGCUCUUCAUGACCAUACGUCUGGCAACGGUUAUUUCCUGGCCCUGAAGACAGGACCUCCGGUAGCUCCUGGGGACACUGCGGUGCUGGAAUCCGAGCCUGUCAGGAUCUCGGGCGUCGCCUGCCUCUCCUUCUGGUACAACAUGUGGGGCUCGGGUAUUGAGCACCUGAAUAUCCAACGCCAAGAUGGCGAAGCUAAACUCGCGUCGCUGUGGAAGCUGGAAGGAGCGCGGACCCAGAACGAAACGGAGUGGCAGUACGCGAGCUUACCUGUCUACGGCAGCUCGAACGAAUUUUUGCUGAGGCUCCAGGCUGUCUUGUCAAGUUUUUCCCUCAUUUCCUACACAUUUAAAAAGGGAAAACUACUAACCUCAUAUCCUCUGACUGCCCAGGGAGCUCUUGGCGUCGAAGGUAUUGGCCCAGUAGCCGACCACACUACGGGAUCGGGCCACUACGCCUCCGUCAGCAGAGGACCGGACAUGGAUCAGGUCAACGACGAAAUUUCGGUCCUUCAGAGCCCCGAACUUCGAGACAGACAAGACGAUUGCUUCCUCUUCUGGUAUUUCCUGUGGGGCCAGUCCACGCACCUGUCCCUCAAAAUCAACGGCGAGGAGCAGUGGUCGCGCUCCGGCAGCCAAGGGAACAGGUGGCUCCCCGCUAAGGUGGUGUUGGACCACAGCGACGCCCAGUGGCUCCUUACCCUCGAAUCCAAACUGGGAGCCGACCAUGAGGAUGUCUACGUGGCCAUCGACGACUUUCUCUACUACGAUCUGUCCUGCGAGAAUGUUACGGUCGUGGGUUCGUCUGGGAGGCAGUGUGACCUGGAGGAGCCGGACCUGUGUGGCUGGAGUCAAGUGACCGGCGAUGACGAGACGGAUUGGCUAUGGGUGAAUGGAACAACGGGAGGAAUAGCGAUCGAUCACACGUACGGCACAGAAACCGGCCAUUUCCUGCAGCUGGCCUCAUCCCAAGACGGCGUGGUCGAGCACCAACGAGCGGCUAUAGAGAUCCAGCCGUUCCUUAUGGACAGGAUGGGAGAUUACUGCUUCCAGCUCUAUUACACUCGCUUUGGAGGAGCUUAUAUCGGAGACUUGAAUGUUAUGGUCGUCUUCGCAGGCCAAGUCUCGCCGUUCAUCGAACUCUCCGACCAGAUUGGCGUCACCGAGUGGACUCUCCUGCAGCAGACCUACACUAACCUCGUCCCCAACGCCACCGUGGGCUUCGUUAUCGAGGGGGAGGUGGGCGUGACCGACCCUGACUAUGGCGAGUCCGUGGUGGCUGUGGACGAUUUCUCUCUCACCAACAGCGCGUGUCCUAGACCUGGUUCAUGUGCCUUUGAAGACGCCAACCUCUGCUCGUGGCACGUCGAAGCUAACGAGGACCUGGCAUGGCAGCUCACGGACGGCCAAGAGAGCCACGACCAUGGCCCUCAGACUGACCACACGACGAACACCACGACAGGAGGCUACAUGAUCGUCGAGGAUUACGGGGAACAUUUGGGGAUGUCGACGGCCCUCGUGAGCGGACGAAUCCCCGUGGACGUGUACGGAUUUUGCUUCUCCUUCUACUUCUCCCUCAGUGGGGACCCCGACGCCAAGCUGCACGUGUCUGUUCGCACCGACCAGGGCAAGGAUCUCCUGUGGGCGCUGUCAGGGGACCAAGGGCAAAACUGGGUCAGCGGCCAGGUGGGAAUCCCCGGAUCCUCAGGAACCCGCGAGUUCGAGCUGGUUGUGGAGGGCGUCACGGGCUCCUUCGCCGAUGGCUGGAUCGCCGUCGACGACCUCAACACUCUGACUGGCGAGUGCGGGAUGCAGCCUCCGUUCGCCACUCCCACGGCCAUGCCUACCACCACGCCUUCGCCAGUCACCGUCAUCUUCGAAUGCGACUUCGAGAUCAACAAAUGCAACAUAGAGCAAGCCACAUCCGACGACUUCGACUGGGAAUACCAACACACGGAGGACGACUUCGAGUUGCCUCCGGGCGGAUACCUCUUGGUAGAUUCUGCAGGGAAGUCUCGAGGCAGUCGAGCGGUUGUCAUCACUCCGGCUGUGAGUUACGUGGGCUACCAGUGCGUCUCCUUCAGGUACCGAACUCUGGGGAGUGAACCCGGGGAGUUGAUGCUGUUCUACUCCUUCCCGGGGCAGCGGAGUGAGAGCAUCUGGCGCAGAACUCACACCACCGUCCCCGAAUGGCUCGAGGGACACGCCGAGAUCGACUCAGGCACGGAUUACACGCUGGAAUGGGAGGUGCAGGUGACGGGCGAAGAUUCGAUCAUCCUGCUGGACAACAUUCGCAUCACGGCAGGCAAUUGCCCCGUCCGAAGCCACUCCUGCGACUUCGAUUACGAGGGAACGAACGACAGAUACUGUGGUGGUUACGCAGAUAAAUCCCUGACCGACUUCCAGUUCUACCGGGAAUCGGCCGAGCACAGUAACUACAAGUACGCUAUCGAGGACCACACCUACCAGUCUAAAUACGGUUACUUCGUAGUAGCGGACUUCAGUGUAGCUUCAGAGGCGGGUCAGAAGGCGAAAAUGUACGGUCCCUCCUUCACCAGUAGCUCCCACUGCCUCACCUUCUGGUAUCAGUUCGAGACGCAAGACAUCACCCUGUUCCGAGCGAUGGCCAAUGAUACGGAGGAAAUCAUAUUCUCUGUUGUUGGUGGCACGGGCAUGGAGUGGAGGUUUGGCGCAGGUGAGGUCAUCGGUGUCAAGACAGGUCGCGUGAUGUUCGAGGCUUAUUCAGGGGAGACACGUUACGGCUACAUUGCUAUCGAUGACAUCCUCCUUGACGACUCCCUGAGCUGCCCUGUGAAAGGCAAAUGUGACUUCGAAGACGGCGUUUGCGGAUGGACUAACACGGGUAACCUCGAGUGGGUCUUCGGCAAGAUGGAGGGCGGGUUGGGGCCUCUCACGCCCACCCACCUCAUGUUCGUCACGCCAAGAGCAAGCAUGGAAGGGAAGAAGGCCAUACUCACCUCACCCAUUCUCGAACCGGAUGCCAACUGCGUCAAAUUCUGGUACAAGCGGGAGAAGGAAGCCCCGGCCUCGUUCGUGGCCACGGUCGCCCCGGGACCUGAGAGCCCCGGAGCCCACACCCCGACGGCCAUGUGGCAGCUGCCGAGCACCGCGGGCGAGGAGUGGGCGCAGGGGCAGUUCCCCAUCACGGCCGAAGAAGCCGACAGUCUUCAGGUGAAUAUGGUCGCCACCCGCUUAGCAGGCAGUUGGACAGAUGGCCACACCCAUGGCCUGGUGAGCAUGGAUGACCUCGAGGUGCUGAUCACGGCGGAGUGCCACCUUAUGCCACCUGAUGCUGUUCCUGUCACCACACCUGCCCCGCCGUCUACUGUUCGCCCAACAGUCUCCCCUGCUACCGCCUCGUGUGAUUUCGGAGAUCAAACUUUCUGCGAAUGGCGAUCUCAACCUGGAGACGUUACCUGGAGCCUCUUGGACGGCAUAGUCCACACACACUACUUGGGGCCACUUAGUGAUCACACCGCUAUCGAUGGGUAUUUCAUGACACUCACGCCCACUGUUGGAGACAUGAAGGGCGAAGCAACCCUCAUCAGUCCUGAACUCUCGGCCACGGAGGACUUGUGCAUGCGUUUCUGGUACCACAUGGACGGUACAGAUGUUGGUACUCUGAAGAUCAACCUGAAGACUGAAAUUGAUAAUAUCAACAUUUGGCAAAGGACGGGCUUCCAGACUUCGAACUGGACGGAAGCUUACCUCGGCAUCGCCUCGUCCUCGAUAUUCGUUAUCGAGAUCGUGGGCAUCCAAGGCAUCAACCCGCUCGCUAACAUCGCCCUCGACGACAUACUCUUCACGCCGUCUAUCUGCCCCGAGAACAGCGGAGGCCUAGGAACUGACACCAUGAAGUGCACAUUCGAACAAGGAGGUGAGUGCGGGAUGCAUGAUAACUCAGGCACAGGCUGGGUGCCCGAGAGAGCGACGCAGGCCGACCACACGACACGCACGGCCCAAGGCCACGUCUUCGAACUUCGCGGCGGCGGAGGGAAAGUCAAGACGAAGACGAUCAAAACACCGAUUCUGAAGAGCAACGCAGCUCAGUGCCUGACGUUCUUCUACCGGUCUGAGGGCAAGGAGGAGGCGACGCUGACGGUUUGGGUGGAAUCCAAUGGACACACAGUCAGCGAGAAGAACACCCUUGUGAAGAUGGCUCAGCCGACCUGGAGGGCGUCUUACAUCAACAUCUUCGAAUUCUUUGGCGAAAAUAUCAAGGUCGUAUUCGAAGGGAAAGUCGGCGACGACCACGAGACCGUGAUCCAACUGGACGACCUGCUCCUGGCCGACGGCAACUGCCCGAACAUCCAAGGAAACUGCGACUUCACGGACGAAACCACUUGCCUCUGGACCAACGAGGAGACCGGCCUGCAGUGGGUCGUGUCGGACGGCCAGACCUUCCACCGAUUCAACGGACCAGCGAGCGACGGGGAGAAGACGCACUACGCCCUGUUCGAGACGGGUCCGCACCACGCCAGCGGCUCCAUCGCUCGCCUUAGCAGCCCCGCCAUCGUGUCGGACGGAAUCACGCAGGAAGUUUGCUUCAAGUUCUCGUUUGCUGCCUCUUCCGAACACGCUGGAAAGUUAUCCGUGCUGAUAGCGGACGUAGGCGAUGUUGGUGAACAAGUGCUGUGGGAACUCUACAUGACCGGAGACUAUGCUGACUCUACGUGGCAUGAGGCUCGGGUUCUUGUGCGGAGUCCGCCAAAGAACUACAUGUUAGUGAUGCAAGCAGACUCAUGGGACGGACGGGAAGGUUACAUCGCUGUGAACAACUUUGUUACUGAUAUUCAGUAUUGUGCCCUGUCCCCCCCGGACGCCGCCCCCUCCCAGCUCCCUUCCUCCACCCAGCCCCCGGAGACGACCACCCCCGACCCGGUCCUCCCCCUCUCCCCCCUCAAGUGCGACUUCGAGGACGCCGAGAAGCCUCUGUGCGACUUCCUGCAGGACUCGGGCGAAUACGACGGCCUCUGGAACCGAGUGGAUGCCUCGUCUCCCCCCUCGCCCUUGCAUCCGGGCGUGGACCACACCUUGCACACAGGCGCUGGGCAUUACCUUGCAGCCGCGAUGCAGGAGGACAGCCCAUACAAUCAGUCAACAGCUAGACUGAAAACACCGAGAAUGGACAACAAUUUGGAGUACUGUCUCACCUUCUUCCUCCACCACAUAGGCGACCGCCCCCCGCCCUUGAUUGUGAACGUUGAGGCUUGGGACGGGCCGCAGCAAGUGGAAGUGCUUCGGCGAGAGUCUUCCCUGCACGACACCUGGGUCUUCGUCGAGAGGGAGAUCCAAGCGAAUAUUAUCGAAAGCAACAUCCGCAUCAGCAUCGAAGCCAAGCUGAGCAUCUACCAAGAUGGAGAUGCUUCGCUGGAUGACUUGAGGGUAUCGGUAGGCCGGUGCCCCGACCACGACAGCAUGUCCUGCUCCUUCCAGCAAGGGCUGUGCGGCUACGAGCAGGAGCAGGAGCUGGACGACCUGGACUGGCUCUGGCAUGACGGCAAAGGGGACGACGACACCUUCCUGCCCAACGAAAGCUACUGGCACUUCUUCUACGCGUACCUCAACACCUCCGCUCCGCAGGGAUCCACCGGCGUUAUGUACACCACCGAGCUCCGCCUCUCGUCGCCGCACUGCAUGGUCUUCAGCGCCCACAUCCACGCGGAGAAGGGCAAGUCGGCCGUGCUCGAAGUCUUUAACGUCGGAGAGGGCACCAUCGCUGACGGGCAGCUCCUGGACCGAUUCGAAGACUUAGGGCCAGACUGGGCCACUCUUCAGGUCGUGCUGCCCUCGUCCGAACGCCCCAUGCGCCUGGCCUUCCAAGGUAUCAUUCCCAACAACGAGAACUUCGAACACUCCACCUUGGCCAUCGACGACAUCUACAUCCGGGCUGGAGGCUGCGACCCUCCGGGCUACUGCACCUUCGACGGCUACCUGUGCACCUGGUUCAACAACGAGCACAUGGGGUCGCUCGUGUGGGAGUCCUCCGGGCCGGGGGAUCUCUCGCUCGAAACAAGGCCGUUUGCGGACUCCACGCAGAGGGACCACUCGGGAGGUUUCAUGUUUAUUGAAGCUGAUGAAGCCCUGUCAGGGGAAAGGGCCUGGCUCAUGAGUGACAGGCUAGCGGCCUCGGGUCCCCAUGAACGGUGCCUCAUUUUCUGGUAUCACAUGUACGGCGCCCAGGGUACCAGUCUUUCGGCCCACACUUACUGGGAGGAAUUCGGACAAGUGACAACACUGUGGGGGUUGAAGCCCUCGGAAGCCCGCUGGGAUUCGGGAUGGCAGUUUGCAGCAGCGCCUUUCAGUAAUUAUGUUCCGAUCCAGCUCGUCUUCGAGGCCGUGCUGGGCUCCGGCUUCAUGGGCGACGUGGCCAUCGACGACGUGCUCGUGGCCUCCGGCGGCUGCGCCCUCCAGCCUGCCGAAGCCACGUCUGGGGUCAACUACACGACCCCCGUCCUCCCGACCCUCGUACCCCCGUCCACCGGCUCCCCCGAUCUGAUGUACGACUGCUCUUUCGACGAGAACGACCUGUGCGCCUGGACGAGCGACGACAGCGAGGGCACAGGAAACCAGAUGCUGUGGCAGGUUGCCUCUGAUCCGUAUUCAGGUGGCUACGCCUUCUUAGACGUUGCCGGCGAGGACCUUGGCCGCGGCGCCCGGGGCACGUUGAUCUCCCCGGUCAUCUCGGGCACGGCGGGGUCUUGCCUCUCCUUCUCCUACAUCCUGGACGGCCUGCACGAACUCAACGUCUUGAUUAUGAAAGAGACGUUUCUCGAGGAAGUAUGGCACGUUGUAGGUCCCAUUGGCACUGUGUGGGAGGACGCGCAGGUAAACAUCGCAUCUGACUAUGUCUAUCAGAUCAUAUUCGAGGGCGUCAGAGCCUCGUCUCCUGAAGGCACCAUUGCAAUUGAUAACAUCACGCUCUCGUUUGACGCUUGCAAAAAGAAAGAUGAGCUCUGCGACUUCGAAGGCGGACACACCUGCGGAUGGCACCCAGCGACCUCCCUGGACUCAGGAACACCUCGCUGGGAGCUCGCAGACGGCCAGUACUCCCACGGGGACCACACCACCGGCGUCACCGAAGGCCACGUCCUCAAGGCUACCAAUACCUGGAGCAGCGACCAGAACACGGCGCUCUCCAACUCCUCCCUCUACGCCUCGCUGGGGAUAUCCUGCGUCAGCUUCUGGUACUACUCCCAACCAUCGACCUCAGCGGUAAUCGAGUUGUAUGCUGUUGGAGACAGCCUGGACGGUGGCCUGGUGCCUCCUGAGAACAUCUUCGGAAUGCCAGCGGGCAGAGUGAACGCAUGGCUUUUCGCCAGAGUUCCUGUGUCCUACAAUUUAUUCCGACUCCAGCUGAGUGCCACCUUCGCGUCCCCAGACAACACUUCUGCCAUAGUGGUCGACGACUUCAGAGUCCAACAAGGAACCUGUGGACUACCAGGCGAGUGUAAUUUCAACGACGGCGAUCUCUGUGGCUGGAUUCCCUCGCGGACGGAGAAGGGCUACUGGGAGGUGGUCGGGGGGAGCGACCAUACGUACGGCGACCUUGGAGGCGGAAUGCUGGCCCUGAAGGCGGAGAACCACGAACCCGGGGAUCUUGCCGUGAUUAGAAGUCCUCCGCUGGGACCCUACACUGCGACGUCCCUGUGCAUGCAGCUGUGGGUGUCCGUGGAGGAGGUCGAGGAGGGGACGCUACGUGUCUAUGUUGAGCCAAUAGGCGAAGAGAAAGUGCUUGUAUGGAGUCUGAGCAAUUCCGUCCAACCGGGAUGGCAGCUGGGGCGAGCGCCUCUUUACAACGUCACGACGGGCUUCUACCAAAUCGUGCUCGAAGGCGUCCUUGGGGUCAACCAGCUGGACGUCUUGAAGGUGGAUGACAUCAUGAUGUUCUACGGCCCCUGCGGUAUAUGGCCGAGGGAAGCGACGCCGGGAGCAGGAGGCACGACCACAACUACCUCCCGUCCCCCCAUUUCCACGACGACUCAGGAACCCCUUGGAGAAUAUGACUGUGACUUCGAGAACAUGUUCCAACCUUUCUGCAAGUGGCAAAUGUCAGAAGAGAAUGGCACGGUGCCUUGGAGGUGGCAGGUAGGCCCUCCACAGAGCUUGUCUCCAGGACCCUCCGUGGAUCACACCUACGGAACAGCAACCGGACACUACCUGUAUGUGGAGUCGAAGUGGGCCGACCCGGUGGCGUUCGCGCAGUUGUCUGUUGGUCCCCUGGAGAACCUACAGUGCUUGCAGUUCUGGUACUACAUGUUCGGCGAGCGGACACCACAGCUCGUAGCCACCACUAGCCUCAACGGGGACGUCUAUUCCCCCGAGUUCUUCAGGGAGGGAUCUCAGGGGGACGCUUGGCAUCCUGCUAAGAUGACUCUGCAUAUCAACAGUGGAAAUUUCUAUGCAACGAUCAUAGCCCAGUGGAACGAAUCAAGCCAAGGCAUCGUAGCGGUAGACGACUUGCGGGUUCACUCUGGCUAUUGCCCGUACGACCACACCGACCCUGCGAGCCUGCACGACUUCGAGAACAACGGCUCCGACUUCGAUGUGGUGGAUGGAGGCAUAGUGGACUGGGACACAAUGAACACCGGAGAACAAGUAGAUCACACGCUCGGGACGAUGAAAGGUUACAUGGCAAGAGUAGAACUUUCGAAAUACAACGUAGAUGAUAUCGGUCAGCUGAUCUCCCCCGUGUACAAGAACUAUGGGAAGACCUACAAGUGUCUACACUUCUAUUACUACCUGUCUGGAUUGUCGGGAGCAGCCCAGCUGAGUGCCUACGUCAGGAGUACAGAGGACGGCUCAGGAGUGUCUAUUGACAUGCACAAGACACUCAUCUUCCAGCAGAAAAUAAGCCAGGGAGAGAUGUGGGUCAAUGCAGAAGGACACAUUAGAAUGACCGGGAACUUCCAGGUCAUCUUCGAAGCCAAACUUUUGAGGGAAAGACCCCCAGCUGUCGUUAUGGGCAUCGACGACGUGUUUGCAACCACGGAAGACUGUAGAACAGCCUCUAUAUGCGACUUUGAACACGACAUGUGCACCUGGAUGAACGGCGAAGAAGACACUGCCGACUGGUUGCUUCAGAGUCCGGGCGAUGGCGACGCUGCCUACGGUCCGCCCGUCGACCACUCGACCAACGGGGCUGAGGGUCAUCUGCUGUUGAUGGCCGGGCCUCUGAUGUCACCCGAGGGAGGGAAGGCGCUGCUGUGGUCUACUGUGCUUCCGGCCACGGGCUCAAACGGAGGCUGUUUCCAGUUCUAUUACAAUGCGGCUUUCCUUCAGGAUAAAGGGGCCUUGACGGUGGUAGUUGCCCAGUCGUACCGAUGGCAGACUGUAUGGAAACUUCAACAAGGAACUGACACUUAUUGGCACUUCGCUCAGGUCACGGUCAAUCAGGACGUACCAUUCCAGAUUGUGGUCGUAGGAGAACUGAAUCAGGAGGCCAAAUCGUAUAUCAGCGUGGACGACAUCUUCUAUGAAAAGAAUUUCGCGUGCAAUGGCCAGCUGGUGCCAGAGACGGCUGACCCGAUUACGCAAGCCGUGAGCGACCUAACCUGCAAAUUCCAAGGCAAGUUCUGCAAAUGGACGCCGACGCCAGAGUUCCAAGAUGGAGAGACAGACCAGGUUCACGACAACCUUGGGAAAGGAAAAUACGCCUUCGUGACAGUCGACGAGGCAGCUGAGAAACCUUACCAUCCCUACCUCGAGUCCGUCCCCAUUGCCGCCAACUCGAAUGACAAUCAGACCUAUUGUCUGCAUUUCUGGUAUUAUAUGUUUGGCAUAGACAACCCUUGGCUGACAGUGGAGCACUAUAUCCUUAGAGACCACUGGGGUAACAAGACGGGCCCUGAAUUCAUCUGGGAGAGAACUGCUGGUUAUGUAGACAAAUGGCAGAAGGGUUAUGUGGACGUCAACACCACACAGGGAGAUGCAAUGCUUCGAUUGAAAGUGACAGUGGACAUGAAUGCGGAGGGCGUCGUAGCCAUCGACACCGUGGUUGCUGAACGCGGCCCGUGUUCAGAGACGCUGUCUGACUGCGACUUCGAGCUCGGGAUGUGCGGAUGGAAGGACGACGGCAGCUUCCCUCUUGAGUGGGUGAGGGUCCAGGCUAUGAAUGGGGCUCCUCUGAUCGCUUACGACCACACGACCAACACUGAAACAGGACACUACAUGUUCCCGCGCCUCAGGCCAAAUCGAGGACGAGAAGAUACAAUGACUGGGAUAUUAGUGUCUCCUACCCUUACACCUGGAGGGGGAAAACAGUGCCUUACUUUCUGGUAUAACAUUCAAGGCAUGGAAAAGAGUACGCUAAGCAUCUUGAGACGAGAGGGCCCCGACUACACCGUCUUGUGGAACCGGACCGACGAACAGGGCUACGAAUGGGUCCUUGGAAGAGCUGACGUGAAAAUUGGUGAAUCCUUCAUAGAGCUGGGCAUCAAGGCUGAAUAUAGCGAAGAAACAGGGGGUUACAUAGUAGUAGACGACGUGAGCCUCGACCCAGGACGCUGCCCGAGUAGCUCCAUCAGCUGCAACUUCGACGAGGGCCUCUGCGGCUGGACAAACAAACUCCUGAGGAACAACAUCUGGCUGGUUGGACGAGGCUAUACCGGAGACUCGAACGUGGUUUCGGGCCCCUUGCUCGACCACACGACUGAAGAUGGGCUGUACGCGUAUGUGGACUUCACGCCCUUCACCGUCCAGAAUGAAGCUUCCGUUCUCAUGAGUGAACAAAUGCCACCAACGCAACUGUCCUGCUUGAGCUUCUGGUACAUCAAAUAUGGCGAGAGUGGAAGAUCCGGUGUGUUCAUGGUGGAGAUGGCGAACAUCCACAGCCUCGAUGGGCAAGUGACAACUCUCCUGAAGUUAGAUAACAACGUUGACGAGAGGAAGUGGACUCGCGCCUUGAUAAAUGUGACCAACCCCGAAAACUACUUCCAAAUAACGCUGAACGCGAAGAAGGAAGUCCCUGACCAGUUCGUCGCCGUCGACGACCUGGACUUCACCCAGGGAGACUGCACGCAGGUCCCGACGGUUCCACCUCCUCCGGCUCAUUUUGUUAUGUGUGACUUCGAAGCCGAAGACCUGUGCGGGUUCGAGCAAAGCCAGGGCGACAGCUUCGACUGGGUCCGCGGCACGAGCGACGAUCACGACUCGCUGCCUCUUGACCACUCGACCAACAACGCUUCUGGCCACUACAUGUACGCCGACACGAGCGUCUGGGGGGCUGGGGCAUUCACAAGCCUCUUCUCUCCUCCCAUCUACGACUUACCCGAGGCCUGUGUAGCCUUCAUGUACUUCAGUACAAAGCUCGAUCAGCUUCAGGCGUGGCUACACACCGAGGCCAAUCCUGACCCGAUAAGCAUUGCCAACUUCUCUGCUCCGUUUAAUGGCUGGUCUGGCGCAAGGAUGACCGUCCUCGCAGAAGGUGGCUGGCAGGUGGAAUUCAGAGUCACUGUUGGAAAUGACAACGGCUUUGUUGGCAUCGAUGACGUCAUUCUGAGUCCCGAAGCCUGUCCCGAUCCUGUUUCCUGUGACUUCGAAGAUGGCAGUUGCUUGUGGCAGAACUUCGGGGGAAAUAGUUGGAUCACGGGUGAGUUAUGA